AUGCCUCACCUCGAGGUGCCCGAGGAUGAUGCCCCGCAAUCUGUGAGGGAGAGGCAUCCCGCCUUCGAGUUUUCAGUGAGGCACAUUGAUGAUGCCCCUAACAUCCACAACAGCCGCUACCUUCCAGAAGUCGUCACCAAGGCGGCCAAGCCAACCCUUGGUUUUGCCUUGGUUGGCGAGGUUGUUGCGGCUACCAAGAUCAUGGAGAUGGAGGAGUGCCUGACAGAGCACCUGCCGGACGACGUCAAAGACAUGCUAGGCCCUACGCUCUUAACAGGGCUACGGGGGGUUUCUCUCCGCUACCGAUGGCAUGGCGAACUCUUUUGGGCUGGCGGGCCUGCGGGCUAA